AUGUCGAUACACAAGUCUACAUCAUUCUUAAACAAUGAUGGGAUUGAUGAAUUGAAACCAACAAGAGCUAAAAGAGUCUCAUCCCUUUCUCUAAGUGAUCAAUGGGGUGGGUCAAUGACAAAAUUGACUGAUUUAAAUUCAAGUACAAAUUUAAAGAAAUCAGGUUCUAAAUCAUCUUUUUCAAGUUCAAGACGUGGUUCAUCAGUUAUUCGUACCAAGAGAGAAGUUAUUGAUCAUCAACGUGUUGCUUCUUAUGCUUUUGCUUUUGAUAUUGAUGGUGUUAUUGUUCGUGGUCCUGAAACUAUUCCAGAAGCUGUUGAAGCUUUAAAAUUAUUAAAUGGUGAAAAUAAAUAUAAUAUUAAAGUUCCAUAUAUCUUUAUUACAAAUGGUGGUGGUCGUUCUGAAGCUGCUAGAUGUAAAGAAUUAUCAACAAGAUUAGGUAUUGAAGUUACUCAAGAUCAAGUUAUUCAAGGUCAUACUCCAAUGAGAGAUUUAGUUAAUGUUUAUAAAAAUGUCUUGGUUGUUGGUGGUGUUGGUGAUACUUGUCGUAAAGUUGCUGAAGAAUAUGGUUUUAAAAAUGUUUAUAUUCCAUUAGAUAUUAUGAAAUGGAAUCCAUCAGUUUCUCCAUAUUAUAAUUUAACUGAAGAAGAUUUAAAAGUUACCAAAGAUGCUGAUUUCUCCAAGAUUCCAAUUGAUGGUAUUUUGGUUUUUGCAGAUUCAAGAAAUUGGGCUGCUGAUCAACAAAUUAUUUUGGAAUUAUUAUUAUCUAAAAAGGGUGUAAUGGGUACAAUUUCAGAAACUUUUGAUCAAGGUCCACCAAUAUAUUUUGCUCAUUCAGAUUUUGUUUGGGCUACAGAUUAUAAAUUAACAAGAUAUGGUAUGGGUGCUUUACAAGUUUCUAUUGCUGCAUUAUAUCAAGAACAUACUGGUAAAGAAUUAAAAGUUACAAGAUUUGGUAAACCUCAACGUGGUACUUUCCGUUAUGCAAAUAAAGUUUUAGGUAAAUGGAGAAAAGAUGUCUUGGAUGAUUAUUUAGAAAAGAAUGAUUUAAAUGAUGAUGAUUUAGAAGAUGAUGAUGUUGCAGAACAAGUUGAUGAAGGUUUAAGAAAGCAAAAUGGUGAUUUUGUUGAUUCAGAUUCUGAAGAUGAAGAAGAUGAUGAUGAACCAUUAACUGUUCAAAAAUUGGGUCAAGUUUCAUUAGAUUUACCACCUGCAUCAACUGUUUAUUUUGUUGGUGAUACUCCAGAAUCAGAUAUUAGAUUUGCAAAUUCUCAUGAUACAUCAUGGCAUUCAAUUUUAGUUAAGACUGGUGUUUAUAAAGAUGGUUCAGUUCCAAAAUAUCAACCAAAACAUACAUGUGAAAAUGUCUUGGAAGCUGUUAAAUAUGCUAUUGAACGUGAACAUCAAUUGGAAUUGAAAGAAUGGAAUGAAUCUGCAGUUGAUGUACCAGUUGUUAAGACUGAAAAAGAAGUUGUUGGUGAUGAUGAAGAAGCUGUUAGUGAAGGUGUUGAUAGAUUAAAAUUAUCAAAUCGUGAUGAUGGUAAACCAAAAGCUACAUUUGGUUUAUAA